AAAAGAAGUAUAAUUCUUAUGUUAUAUUAUGACAUCAUUAAGCAUUUUUCACUAUUUAUAUCCCCUCGGUUAGUGUUUCAACAACUUAUCAAGAACUUCUUUAGAGGGUCUUUUCCUCUCUUCUAGUCUUCUUCAUUGUUCAUUCUACACUGUAGAGUGUAGAGCAUCACUUCACAAAAUGGCCAUGGCCACUUCACGAAUAGUUUUUUCAUCUCUUUCUCUUCUUGCGACUCUAAUCCUCUGUUUCACACCCAUCCACUGCACCAACACCAUCGGCAAAGGCUACCGUUUGAUCUCAAUCGAAGAAUCACCAGACGGUGGUUUCAUCGGCUAUCUCCAAGUCAAACAAAAGAACAAAAUCUACGGCUCAGACAUCACCACCCUCCGCCUCUACGUCAAACACGAGACCGAUACUCGCCUCCGCGUUCACAUCACAGACGCCAAGAAGCAACGAUGGGAAGUCCCUUACAACCUCCUCCCCCGCGAACAACCUCCGCCGGUCGGAAAAGUGAUCGGAAAAUCAAGAAAAUCUCCCAUCACAGUUCAAGAACUCUCCGGCUCGGAGCUAAUCUUCAGCUACACCGCAGACCCGUUCAGCUUCGCCGUGAAACGUAGAUCCAACGGCCAAACACUCUUCAACACGAGCUCAAACUCAGCCUUUGGUGAGAUGGUGUUCAAGGACCAGUACCUAGAGAUCUCAACUUCUUUACCUAAAGACGCGUCCAUAUACGGGUUAGGUGAAAACUCGCAGGCCAACGGGAUCAAACUCGUCCCUAACGAGCCUUACACGCUCUACACGGAGGAUGUGUCGGCUAUUAAUCUGAACACUGAUCUUUACGGUUCGCAUCCGGUUUAUAUGGAUUUGAGGAACGUUGGAGGUAAACCGUAUGCUCAUGCGGUUCUGCUUUUGAAUAGUAACGGUAUGGAUGUGUUCUAUAGAGGAACGUCUUUGACUUAUAAAGUCAUUGGAGGUGUUUUUGAUUUUUACUUCGUCGCUGGACCUUCGCCUCUUGAUGUCGUUGAUCAGUAUACUUCGUUAAUCGGACGGCCUGCUCCUAUGCCGUAUUGGUCUCUAGGAUUUCACCAAUGUAGAUGGGGAUACCGUAAUUUAUCAGUUAUUGAAGACGUUGUGGACAGUUACCAAAAGGCUAAGAUCCCUCUCGAUGUGAUUUGGAACGACGAUGAUCACAUGGAUCAAAAAAAAGACUUCACGUUGAGUCCCAUUAGCUACCCUCGUGCCAAGCUACUCAAGUUCCUAGACAGAAUCCACAAGAUGGGCAUGAAGUACGUUGUCAUAAACGACCCUGGCAUUGGUGUCAACGAUACCUACGGUGUAUACCAACGAGGUAUGGCCAAUGACGUGUUCAUCAAGUAUGAAGGGAAACCCUUUUUAGCUCAAGUAUGGCCUGGUGCGGUUCACUUUCCUGAUUUCCUAAACCCUAAAACCGUUUCUUGGUGGGGAGAUGAAAUCCGCCGCUUCCAUGAGCUAGCCCCUAUAGAUGGUCUAUGGAUCGACAUGAACGAGGUCUCAAACUUUUGCUCUGGACUAUGCACAAUCCCUAAGGGGAAGAAGUGUCCUACUGGUGAAGGACCAGGUUGGAUAUGUUGCUUGGACUGCAAGAAUAUAACAAAAACAAGAUGGGAUGAUCCUCCUUACAAGAUCAAUGCUACUGGUGUUACAGCUCCCAUCGGUUUCAAGACUAUUGCAACAAGUGCGUUACAUUACAACGGUGUAAGAGAGUAUGAUGCUCAUAGUAUCUACGGAUUCUCCGAGACCAUCGCUACACACAAGGGUUUACUAUCUAUAGAAGGGAAACGUCCUUUUAUUUUAUCCCGGUCUACUUUUGUUGGUUCGGGUCGGUACGCUGCUCAUUGGACCGGAGAUAACCAAGGAACAUGGCAGAGUUUGCAAGUAUCAAUCUCAACAAUGUUGAAUUUCGGAAUCUUUGGUGUUCCUAUGGUUGGUUCAGACAUAUGUGGAUUCUACCCUCAACCAACGGAGGAACUCUGUAACCGUUGGAUCGAAGUAGGAGCGUUCUACCCGUUUUCGAGAGACCAUGCCAACUACUACUCACCAAGACAAGAGCUAUAUCAAUGGGACACGGUGGCAGAGUCGGCUCGUAACGCUCUUGGUAUGAGAUACAAGAUUCUUCCUUACCUCUACACACUUAACUACGAAGCUCACAUGACCGGUGCACCGAUCGCUAGACCGCUCUUCUUCUCAUUCCCUGAGUACACUGAAUGUUACGGCUCGAGCCGACAGUUCUUGCUAGGAAGCAGCUUAAUGAUAUCUCCUGUUCUUGAACAAGGCAAAACCGAAGUGGAAGCACUGUUCCCACCAGGUUCUUGGUACCACAUGUUCGACAUGACACAAGCCGUUGUGUCCAAGAAAGGGAAGCGUGUGACUCUCCCUGCUCCUUUGAACUUCGUGAACGUUCAUCUUUACCAAAACACUAUAUUACCGAUGCAGCGAGGAGGGUUGAUUUCUAAAGAAGCGAGAGCGACGCCGUUUAGUCUCGUUAUUACAUUCCCUGCUGGUGCUUCUGAGGGGUACGCGAAGGGUAAGCUUUAUCUAGACGAGGACGAGCUUCCGGAGAUGAAGCUAGGAAACGGACAGUCUACGUACGUUGACUUUUAUGCUUCGGUUGGAAAUGGAACUGUGAAGAUGUGGUCACAAGUGAAGGAAGGGAAGUUUGCGUUGAGCAAAGGGUGGAUCAUUGAGAAGGUUAGUGUUUUGGGACUUAGAGGAGCAGGACAAGCUUCUGAGGUUGUAGUCAAUGGAAGUCCGGUUUCGAACGAGGAGAAGAAGAUUGAGGUAAGUUUGAAGGAGCAUAGUUAUGUGGUUGGGUUGGAAGAGGAAGGUGAGAGCAAGAGUGUGAUGGUUGAAGUUAUGGGACUUGAGAUGCUAGUGGGUAAGGACUUCAACAUGUCGUGGAAAAUGGGUAUUAAUGGUGCGAAUUAAUUUGCAUGUGAGAGUUUGGUAAAAUUAUUGUCGAAGAGGAUGAGAUUUAAUUGAAAAAAAAAACAAAAAGUAUGCUCAUUCUUCUUUUUUCGGAUAAUAAAAAAGAAAAGAAAGAGGUUUGGUUUAAGAUUUGUCUCUUUGCCUUUUAUUUGAUGUUCUAAUCUGAAUAAAAAGUUGCAACUAGUAUGAUUUUCGUACCU